AGGAUCCACUGCCAGCCAGUAACUUUCGUGCCGAUGAUGUACUCUGUCGUGUGUCGUAAAGGUAGCAAACAUUCAGGCGCUGCAUAGUGGAAAACCCCCCACUCCAUUUUUUUCCUAUUGGAUUUUACAAGUUGACCAGCUACCCAGCAGGAAGAAAAAUCCCUGCAAUCCGGAAGUACAAAAUAUCCGAAAUUCAACUAUUUGUGUGCACAAGUGCCGUGGUAUCACGAGGAUAGUGUUCCAGCGUGCGAGUUUGCUGAUUGCGAAAGAAAAAGUGGAUUAAAUAUUCUUCACACCCCCAUCAUAUAUGAAAGAGGAUUAUGAAUGUGGACUAAAUCAAUUAAUAUCGAGGUGAUAGUAAUCUGCUUUCUAUCGAUCAUCCCAUGGCCUGGUCCGAGCGUGUUCAAAAUAUCCUGCUCCCGCGACAGUUCCCGAGUGGUGCGCAAAAUAGUCCAGUCCAAAUGGUUGCCCAUCCUGGAGAAGUACCAGGUCACACUACCGCUGGAAUGUCCCUUUCACCCGUUGCGCGACAUCUUCGGUCCGCAGCAGGCAGCCAAAAAGCAGAACCGCCCGAGCCAGUGGACCUGCGGUCUGUGUGGUAAGAGUUUCUUCGAAGAGAAACACCUCGAUAUGCACUUUGAAAACCGCCACAAAAGCAACAUCAACACGGCGGAGGACGCCGUCUGCCUGGCGGACUAUUGCGACAUGAUGCGCUGCGAGGUGUUGAUCGCCAAGGAUGCCACCCUGUCGUUCGGGGGCGAUCCUAACAUGAUGUCCACCGAUAUCGAGGUGUGGAACGAAGCAACUGCCUACCGGACGGCCCUAUCCACCGCCGGCCCAAGGGACUUGGCGAAGGUGCCAGUGAGGAAAUCUCUACUUCCAAAGAUCCUACAAACGAUCAAGAAUGACAUCCUAAGCGAACGGAAGUCGCCGAUUUCGGCACUCAGUGCAAAAGGCUUGUCCAACUGUGAAGUUCCGGCCAACAAACGGAAGUCCCGUGUGAGAGAGCACUCGGGAAGUGACGAUGACCAUGGGGUGGAAAUUGACGAUGAAGAGGAGGAGGACGAUGACGAGGAUGACGAAGACGAUGAGGACGAGGAGAAUGAAAACGAUAGCAAUGCGACAUCGCAGUGUGAGCAGAAUCUGGUGGAUUCUUCGCUACCGCCGGUUGAUCGCAAACAGCAGAAGCUGUCGGAGAUGCAACGAAUGAAAGCCAACUGCAAGGUGGAGGAGUUGGAUCAACUGAAAACGCGUUGUGAAAUUCUGGUACGGGACUGUAUCGUUGGGCUGCUGGUUCAGCUAUCCUUGGAGGAUUUUAAGAGCAUGGAGGAAGAGAUGAAUCGAGCCGUCUGUUGGUACCUGACAUGUGAGAGGUACUGGGAAGACGGACCUUUGGAUCAGCGGCCAUUCCCGUGGGGACUGGUGUUCGUCCUGGUGAUGGUCCUAUCGUUGGGCGUGUGCUUGUGCUACUAUAUCAUUUGGAUAUUGUUUGACGAAGACCAUAGUCCAAUGACCAGUAACCAGAUAACGGCUCAUCCGAGUCCAACGCAUGGACGGCACUACCUGCAGCCGCAGGCCAGCAUCUACCACUUGGCGGAUGGUGGCCAUUCGGCAACCAGCCUCAACAGUUUGGGCCAGAUGUCCAACAUGAACGUGACGCCCGUGGGCGUUUCCAGUGGAACGGAUCUACAGCAUACGCCGCAGAUCCACGCCACACAGGUACCGUACGGCGACGAAGGCGGCUACGGGUACGCUGCCGGAAGUGGAUCCAACGCUGUGGGGACCGACGGAGCAGCCAUCGUGGGAGCUACCAUGGCCGGAGCCGGCGGCGAGUUCAGCGAACUGGGCCAAAGCGAGCACUACAUCUACGUGACGUACCCGCCAGAACUGAAACGAAGACUACUCGAAAGCUGCUACAAUAGAACGACCCGUCUAUGAAAUUAGAUUGACACUGAAUGGUCUAGUAGAACCAAACAAAAAAAAACAAAGACAAAUAUAUAAAUAUAAAACAAAUCACCCUUUUAGGAACACCUACACAAACUUUAAGUAGCCCAAAAGGACUGUAAACUUUUGAAACAAUGGAAACUUACUGACUAUUGAUACCGAAUUUGUAGGACUAAAUUGUAACAAAAUCACUAUUUCACAAAAAACACGCAAACGUUUAUACCAUUUCCUAGUGAGUCGGUAAGAUGAGUCGAGAAGAUGAAAUCACGACAGUGGCUUUUGGAAACCUAUAGAUGCAAUGGGCUGCGCUAUUGUUUGUUUUAAAAAGCAUUAUACCUAGUAGAGUAAGAAUUCUUAAGUUUUAGCACAAAUUUGUUAUUUACUUGACAACUCCUAGAUCGCCUGGACACGUUAGAAUGUAGUACAAUACUUUGAUUUAGUUAAGAGACAUUUAGUAGAAAGCAUUCAUUCACUUCCACCAACACUUUAAAACCAUGACCAAGCCGAAAGGCAUUUAGGUUCCAUCUUUCUAUACGUAUACUAGCUGAAAUCCAACAACGCGAACUUCGAAUUAUCUUUCUACAACUAUAAAGUACAAACCAUGCGCUGAGAACGAACAAACAAACUAAUCGCGAAUGUCGACAGUCCUGCUUCAAGUAUUCAGUCACAUCAAAGUCGAUUCGCGAUCAUUUUUUCAACAUUCCUUUCAAAGCAUCACAUUUCGGCAGUGCUGUUAAAAUAUUAACGUUGAACCUUUCAAUAAAAAAUACUAAUACUUGUGACAUGAAUUACCAUGCUACAAGUGUUUGGAAAUGAGUUCCUGCUAAAAUCAAUGAGAAUAAGUCAGGAAUCAUUUCUACGACACUUUGUACAGCGGUGAUCGUACUACGCGUUCAGAUCAAGCUAAAAUGCAUGCUGCAACAAACAAGAAAACUAAAGGUUGAACCGAAAGAAUGGAUAAUCAAUUUUUCAAAUAUGUACCAUAUAAAGUAAAAUCUUAUGCGAGUAUGAGAAUAGUACAUUAAAUUUAAUAAAAAAAAAUAGUAUUGAUUUUUUCCUUAACAUUCUCAUUCUUUUGGACACGUUCGGAAACCAAGAAACCCAAACUACUAUUUUUCACUACAUUAAAAAAACUGAUGCUCUAUAGUGAAAUAGGUCCCGUAGUGUAGCAGAAACCAAGUUCUAGUAUUAUGAAAAGUUACUAAGCAUCGCGGCUGAUAACUGCCGGUUGGUGCAAAUAAGGUAAUUUGAACACAUGAAUAAACAGAAUUUAUAAAAUAGAAA